UAUUUCUUUAUUGCAGCAAAAUGGCUCAGCUGAAAGGCAAGCAUAAGAAGCAAUCAUCUUCACCACUAUUAGCAGCUAUUAAGCGCACUUGGUUAGCAUUUUGCGCCUCAAGUAGUAUACAUGGCUUGAAGUAUACGCAAGACAGAGACACCAAUAAAGUGGUGCGCUUUAUUUGGAUGCUCAUCACGUUGAUCAUGUUUAUCUGUGCAAUAUUAAUGGUCUACACAUUUUAUAUGAGUUACCGGAGCAAUCCAACCCGUAUGAAUAUAGAGAAGGACCAUGCACCGGUUGAUAGUAUUAUUUUUCCAGCCGUAACUAUAUGUCCGGAGACACUUUACAACAUAGAACAGGCAAAAAGCUACCUCGCAACGCUCAAACUACCACCCGGCUCAAAUAUAUCUCAGAUAAUACCAAUUUUGACAGCAUCUUUUGGCUUUAUCAACGAUGACUAUGCUUACAGCAUACCAGAGAUAGAAUUGAUGCAGCAACUGAUUGACAUUAAUAACCUAAGCACAUUGACGUUCAUGAAAAAUCUACAAUGGAAUUGUGAAGAUAUUCUAUUUCGCUGUCGUUUCAAGUGGCGAAUUGUGGAUUGCAAGCAACUCUUGGGAAUAUCACGCACAUUUUUUGGCUACUGUUGUUCCUUCAACCUCAAUCAGCCUGGUUUAAACUAUACUGGUAAGUACGCAUUAUCGGGCCUGUUCGAUGGUCUUUCACUGAUACUUUACUACAAUGACACGAAUUACGGUGAGUUGGGCGCCUACUCAGAUGGUUUUAAAGUUUUACUCUCGGAGAAUGAUGCUUUCCCCAGCGCGCAUGCUGUCAUCAAAUUCACGCCACUUAAGCAGGAGACUUUCGUCGGGAUACGACCCACGGAGACGUACUGUUCGAAGGAGGUGAAAGCAUUGUCGGUGGAAGAGCGUCAAUGUGUUCUAUCGCAUGAGUUUCCACUCAAGCAUUUCGAGAAAUAUGUUGGUGUUAAUUGUGAGCUGGAAUGUCGUCUGCAGAAUAUGCUUAAAAUCUGUGGUUGCCUGACAUAUUUCUUUUACACAAAUGACACACAGGAACGUAUUUGCUCCUUCAAGGACAUACCCUGCUUAUUGGAUAAUUUCGCCACCAUAAUUGGACGUUAUCGAAACAGUCAAUGUUACUGCCCGAAUUCCUGCGAAUUAAUCGACUUUAAUGUGGAACUGACGAAUGCUGAUUUACAAAUUGAUAUACCGACUGUGGAUCAGUUUUACAACGGUAUGCAGGAGAACUAUUCCGUAGUUCACAUAUUCAUUAACAAUCAAAUAUAUCGACGCAUACGUCGUGAUCUGCUAUCAAAUAUGGUGACACUGGUUUCAAAUUUGGGCAGCGCUUUCAGUCUCUUUGUUGGUAUCAGCAUGAUCUCGAUUGUAGAAGUCAUCUACUAUCUAACGGUUGUAUUGAGAAAGUAUUAUCUACAAGAGUUGAAAGCACGUGAGAAGUUACGGCGCUAGAGUGAAUUAAGAAUUAGAGUCAUAACAGUACAACUUAAAAUAUAAUUGAAAUGAAUGAAGUAAAUACUGCUUCUCUACUACUUCUAAUUUGAAACCCUUUUUAGAUUUAUUAAAUCAUAAAUAAAUUCAAAUCGAAAAUAAAUAAAAAUAUGAAUUCUAAUUUUGUAAAGAAAGAAGUGUUAUAUAUGGACUCUAUUUACAGCAGACAUCGCUAUUGGAACCUCGAGACUGUCGAUGUCACUCACAAAGAGUUCAUACUCAAAUUCACCUUACUUCUCGUAGUAUUAUACCUUGGACAUUGCGUCCAAAUGUA